GUCUUUGAGAAAAAUAAUUAAUCACUAUAUAAUUAAUAAAGAAUAUAAAAUGAUAUGAGCUGAAAUUUCUGAAAACCUUUCAAAUGCAUUGAAAGCGUUGCUCAUACGCCCCACCCAACCAGCGGUAUACAUAUGAUAAAUUACCAACAGCAGCGAAGCCAUAAAAACUACAAAAAGUGAUUGAGAGUUAUCUAUGUUGGCUAUAGGCCACAGCAUACACCUGUAAUACCAGUUCAAAGAGUGAUUGCAAAUUAUUCAAGUGAUUAUAUAAGCGCAACAGCGCCAACUAAUUAAAAGAAGCUAAUUUGUGCAAGUGCGGAAAGUGUGGCUUAAACGUAAUUAAAUAAAAAUAGGUGCAUAAAAAAUAUAAAAAACAAAUUUUAUAUGAAACAACAAUAACAACAAACAGUUUAAACGUCUAGCAAUCGACAGCAUGACCGAGAACCAGGAUAAACACGCCGUCAGCAGUGGCGACAGCACAGAAAUUGCCAGCAGUCACAACAACAACGCACAAGGCCAGAGCACAACUGUCGGCGGCGAUGGCAACAACAUCAAACCGAAGGAUAAGAAAAAUGACAGCGAAACGACAGUCGCGCUGGCGGAUACGCAACAUGAAGGUGAAAAGGAUAAAGCGCCGCAUGACAGAUGCGCUCACAAGGAUGAGUUCGGCACGCAACGUGUGUACAAGAAGACUUCACCCAACUGUGUGCUCACACUCUAUCUACCGUCGCGUGAGAUCACACUCUCCGGCAAUAAUCCGGCCAUAUUGCGUGGUAUAAUCUAUGUGGAUCCAAAGGCGAUACAAGGUUACAGGGUGUAUGCUCAAUUAACAUUGACAUUUCGGUGA